UCAGCAGCAGCAGCAGCGGUAGCAGUAGCAGCAGCGGUAGCAUCAGCAGCAGCAGCAGCGGCAGCAUCAGCAGCAGCAGCAGCGGCAGCAGCAGCAGCAGCGGUAGCAGUAGCAGCAGCAGCAGCGGUAGCAGUAGCAGCAGCAUCAGGGACUGGAACCACUCUACCAACACAGACCAGGUCUCAGACGCCUCCCCAGCCGUGUCCUGGGAGGCUAGUUCCUGGAUGUCGACGGAGGACGCCAGACUCCCCCAGGACAGCCCCGACACCACCCUCCGACUAGGAGAUGCCUCGGCCUCUACGUCCAACGCAGCCGUCCGCACCGACAGCACCUACACUUCCACCGCCAUCAGCCGCGCCGGUGAGAGGACCCUGCUGUCUGUCACCUCCUCCUCCAGCAACAGCACCUCCUCUGCCUUUACAGAAGACUCCAACUCCCAUCAGCCCCCCUCCACCUGGGGUGUUUCUGCUAGGGCUACAGAGACUGAGGACUAUACCCACAGCGCCCCGUCCACCGGGACCGACAGUAGGGACACAACGGACCAACACAUGACCCACUCCUCUAAGGGGAUGGACCCAGAGACGGGGAGCACAGGGGGGUCCAGAGGAACCCAAAGUUUAACCGGACAGCCUAAUGCCACCCAUCAUCAAUACACCUCAACAUCAGAGGACACCUCCGACUCCACACCGCCUCUCAGAGUGACGGAGCCCAGCACUGACCAAUCUGAAGUGUCAGUUUCCUCCAUACCUACUGUCACCUCACCUCCACAAGGACCCGCUAACAACACAGGGACAGAGCAGGAGUCGGGCUCCAGUGUUAGAACCUCCACCGAGUCCUCCACCGGAGCUCACAGAUCCAGCACUCAGAACCAGGAGGGUACUGAGGGGGUUUCAUCCCAGACCAGCGAGGACAGCGUGGACUUGGGUCUGACCACAGCUACGCCUGCAGUCAGCAGCAGUACAUCUGAAGGAGACCACUCUCUAACAGACACUCCAGUCCUGGUUACUAAGGUCUUCCUCACCACCACACCUGUCACUGUGACUGAAAGGUCACAGAUAACAGAGGAAGACACUUUCAAAGCCACCGCUUCCACCGCUUCCACCACCAACCCCACCACUCCUCCUCUUAUACCUGUAACCUCACCAUACAUGUUAAGCAGCUCCGCCAGCAGCCCUACUCCAGGGUCACCUACCGAGGCCACCACCCGGUACACGACAUCCUCCACCACGUCCUCCACCCUGGUCCUUCUGACCUCUGCAGCGAACCCAACUCCCCGUGUGUCCCCCAGCCAAACUCAGGAGCCCUCAACUCGGAUGGUUAACCCCACAAACCCCACCACCCUGCAGACAGAAACAAGCACAGGCACUCGUAGAAUCGCCACGACUCAUAGCCAGCACGUCACCACCACCUACACCCCCAGCACCCCAACCAAGAGUACGGUGCCUCCGCAGACCACCGGGAAACAGACAGAAACAGAAAGAGGAACUACAGAGCUGGUGGGGACGACUACACCCACCAAUUCACCAACACCUUCAAGAAACCCUUGCGUGUCGAACCCUUGUAUGAACGGAGGGAUGUGUUCGAGCUAUAAGAGGCAUCAAUUCACCUGCCACUGUCAGCAGGCAUGGACAGGACCGACCUGCAACCACGAUGUGGAUGAGUGUGAGAGGGACCCCUGCCCCCUUGGGUCCAGGUGUGUCAACACACGAGGUUCCUUCAGCUGUGAAUGUCCGCUCGGGUUCGACCUGGAGGACGGACGCACAUGCACCAGAGCAAAGGCGUUUCUGGGAACUUUCAGUGUUAACAGGCUGCCACACGACCCUGUUGUCUUCAAGAGCGCCACCAUGCAUGAGAUCCAGAGAGAGAUCAUCCAGCUGCUCAAUGCUUCAUUGUCAGUCCUCCGAGGAUACAGCCGCUCCACGCUGAGUAAGAAAGGAGAGGACGGAGUUCGUAUCUCAGCUGUCAACAUGUUUUCCAUUACCACCAAUGUGACGGGCGCAGAGGUCUACAAUAGAAUCCAGAUGUCUCUCAGCAACUGCAGCUCCUCAUUGGCCCACUGCCGGAUGGUCCCGCACCACCAGCUCACUUACCACGUGGAAAGUCUGUGUGUGGCCCAGAAGACUCAGUGUGAUGCAGAGCGCUCCACCUGCACAGAUAACAGCGGCACGGCCAACUGCCAGUGUCUUCAAGGUUACUACAAACACGACCCCGAUGACCUGUCCUGCUUAGAAUGUGGAGAUGGCUACAAGCUGGAAAAUGGCACCUGUGUUCCGUGCAUGUUUGGAUUUGGAGGAUUCAACUGUGGAAACUUUUACAAGCUGAUCGCAAUCGUGGUGUCCCCUGCAGGAGGCGCUCUGCUCCUCAUCCUCAUCAUUGCUCUCAUUGUCACCUGUUGCAAGAAAGACAAGAAUGACAUCAACAAGAUCAUCUUCAAGAGCGGAGACCUGCAGAUGUCCCCGUAUGCAGACUUCCCCAAAAAUAACCGCAUAUCCACGGAGUGGGGCAGAGAGACCAUAGAGAUGCAGGAGAACGGCAGCACCAAGAACCUGCUGCAGAUGACUGACAUUUACUACUCUCCUGCGUUGCGUAACUCAGACCUCGAGAGAAACGGCCUGUACCCGUUCACAGGUCUGCCGGGUUCUCGCCACUCGUGCAUCUACCCGGCCCAGUGGAACCCCUCCUUCAUCAGUGACGAUUCACGAAGACGAGACUACUUCUAACUGCCCCACCUUAAAAACAAACACACAGAAACUUACCCUCUCUAAUACUGUAAAUUGUGACGUGAUAUGAUGGUGUUCGGUCACAUUGAGAGCCCAUUUGACCAUCUGCAGGGCUCCACACUAACUAUGUAAAUCCAGGUGCGUGUGUGUGUGUGUGUGUGUGUGUGUGUGCAUAAAUAUAUAUGUUUCCUGAGGGUGUCAUUGUGUGAACCAUUUCAGUAUUUUUGCAUGUUUUAGCUCAUUUACUUUAACUCACACAUUACAUUGCUGCUGUGUUGGUAAAGAUGGUUUUAAUGUGUUUUUCCUGCCUCACAGGCAUCUGCUGACUGUCAUUUACUUCACCAUAUGAUGAAAAACAAUUUGCGUAACACUUGAAACGUGCUUGAAAUAGAUGAUCCAUGACAGUAAACAAUCAUAUCUGUCUUGUUGCUGCCUGGUAACACAGUGCAGAUUUGUUUGAAAAAUCUGCACUGUGUUAAUGCACAAUUAUUAAUAAAAAACAGAGAUGGUGUUUACUGUGCUCACAGGCAGGGAUGUGAUUUAUUGAACCCCAGGAAUGUGGAAACCCCCCCCCCCAAAAAAAAAACCUGCAGUAAUUUGAAAUGUAUGUGACGUGUAG